AUGUCUGACACCACCGCCGCAUCGCUCACUACCGACGAGCGCAACGACCAUAACUAUAACUACAUCAACCAGACCGUGCGCGCUCUUGAGCGUCCGAGGGUCGCUGCCCACGGAUAUCUUGCUUUCGUGAAGGCGAGCGUACAUCUGGCUGGCAAUGGCGGGGACAUCUGUAGCAAGAUUCAUCGACUUCUGGGAGAAAGCGCGCGGGAAUUUUGCUUCAACGGCAACGCCUACGACAAGGGCUGCGAGACUGAGGCGGUCCAGAGUUCGAUGCCGUUCUACCUAGGCGGUGUUAUACCUCAUUAUGAAUGCGUGGAAUGCCUCGAGGCAAACCCGCGUUGCGAGACAAACACUCGCCAUGCUUUUUUGAACCAUGGUACAAAGAAGGCAAAGGACGGAACAGUGACGAAGUUGUCCCCUAAGGAAGCGCGUCUCAAAUAUGUCGAGGUGUUUAUGCCGCACGAGGUGGCCAAUAAUACUACCGACUGGAUGGGGCAGCUAUAUAAUGGCAAGCUCACCUCUCGGCCUAAGCUUCUGGGCAAGCGUGACGUUGCCCCAAUUGCAUCUCGGGUUGAGGCAUUGAUGCAGGACAUCAUCGCUGAAAACCCUCAGCAAGUGAUUCCCGGGCCUGGGGAGCGCCUGGAGCCGGCUCCGCCGCCCCCUACCGUAGAGGUCCAGGCGUCUGUUGUUGAGGAAGAGACGCCUGCUCCUGUCGCCGGUCCAAGCAAGCGGAAAGGGAAGCGCAAGGCCCAAGACAAUGCCGCCGCCGCUGGUCCGAAGCGCGCUCGUCGCAAUGCUGCGUCCUCCUCCUCCUCCACUCUCGACUCUACGCCCGCGAUCCCUACGCCCGCACUCUUGGACACCGCGACUUUGCCACCGUCGGAUGGCUCGUCUACAUUGGCGCCGCCCACGGGCCACCCUACGCCGUCGGACUCGUCCAACCUUGCAGGCACCUCGACCAAUCCCUUCCUCACCUCGCAACACGGCUUCGAGAUCCCCCUCGACCUCUCCACGGACUCAGCCAUCCUUGCCACUCAGGAGGACGGCGCUUUCGCGGACCUUGACAUCCUUCCCUAUAUGUCGACCGACGACUUGCUCUACAACCUUGACAUGACCAACGACGUGUCGGCAAAUGACUUCGCGAUGUCCAUCGCGGGUCUGUCGGGCGAGCAAGCGUUUGCCGUUGAUACUAUGCAUUACGGUCUGCUUGCCCAGCCCGUGCACGACGAAGCUUUUUUGCUUGCUUCUGACGACCCCUUCUACAACGGUCUUGAUGCCGCCGCUCAGGCGCCAAUGCCAUCACUCGCCCAUGGUACUCCGGAGUCGGACUACCUCGACAACUACCUCGACUACUACCUCGACAUCCCUGUCGAUGAAGAGACCUCGUCGCGCGAACGCUCCGCCUCUGCGUUCUCCCCUCGGAGUGAUACAUCGACGGUCGUCGACACGAACAAUUUCUCGGCGGCGUCUUCGGAGCUCCCGGCCAAUGCUCCUGAGAGCGAGGAGAUCGACCUGUUUGCGAUGUCUCUCCAGAAGGAGGUAGACUCGGAAGAUGAAGACGAAGCCGACUUCUGGCGCGACCUCGGUAUGUCUCCCUGA